AUGCAAACCCCAACUCUGCUUGCAGGUGUAAUAGGCGCAAUUGAGGUCAACUUUGGUCCUCUUGGCAUCCUUGAUGUUCCUCCCCGCAAAACCGGCUGUGGGGAAGCUUGUUGCCUUGCUCUCGGCUCAGAUCCCAGACUCCAGAAUCCAAAUGAAACUCAUCGCCUACUGAUUGAGAUUGGGGUUUUCAAGGCCGUCGGGGCUCAGAUUGGGAUUGGGGCGGGAGUUGCCUCCUCUGUUGUGGCAAGCUGUGACAAACCUAUUCAAGUUGGUGCAUUUGUGCAGAAACCUGAAUCAAUGUUGAAUAUUAAUUUCGAUGCAGGGUGCAGUCCCAAGAAUGCUAAAGUUGUUACAGGGGUAGUUGUACGUGAUAGUUCAGGGAGAUUACAGGGCGCUUCAAUGUGCCCUUAUGCUGGAAACAUCGACAGAGGAACCAAAUGGGACGAUCCGGACAUCUUCCAGGUUUCAUAUAAUACUCUUUUAAAAGCUACUGAUAGGUUUUCUUCAGAAAAUUUGAUUGGUGUGGGUACUUUUGGGUCUGUAUAUAAAGUAUUUAUUGAUAGAGCUCAAGUACUUGUUGCUGUGAAGGUAUUUAACUUAUUACACCAAGGGUCUUUGAAGAGUUUCAUAGCCGAAUGUGAGGUGUUGCGAAGUAUCAGGCAUAGCAACAUCGUUAAGAUUAUAACCUCAUGUUCGAGUAUUGAUUUUCGUGGUAAUGAUUUCAAGGCUCUGGUUUAUGAGUUCAUGGAGAAUGUUCAUUGUGAUCUAAAGCCGAGCAAUAUUCUUUUGGACAAUGACUUGACUGGACGGGUUUCUGACUUUGGACUAGCAAGAUUUCUCUCCAAACCCAAUAACAUUUCUACAAAUCUACCAAGUGUCAUUAAAUUAAGAGGACCUGUUAGCUAUGUUGCGCCAGAGUAUGAAACGGGAAGUGAGGCAUCAACAUAUGGGGAUGUGUAUAGCUUUGGGAUUCUCUUGUUAGAGAUGUUUACAGGAAAGAAAUCCACUGACGAUAUGUUCAGUUACCGCUUGAACCUUCAUAAAUUUGUGAGUAUGUCUUACUUUGAGGGAGUAUUUUCAGAGAUUGCAGAUCCAAGACUGCUUCUUCAAGGAGGCAACAGUCGUCCCAGUAAAUGCAGUGUGAAAUUCAAAUCGGAAAUUGGGCAGUGCUUGAGAUCGAUAUUUGAAAUUGGAAUUGUGUGUUCCAGGGAUGACUCCAAUGAGGUAUUUAUACCCGACGACUCCUCUGCACCAGGAUUUCUUUUCUUUUAA